AUGGCAAAAUUAAUAAAAAAAAUUAGUUUACGUAAAGGUAAACGUAGAAUACCUAAAGGAGUUAUUCAUAUUCAAGCAAGUUUUAAUAAUACUAUUGUUACUGUAACAGAUAUACGUGGACAAGUCGUUUUUUGGUCUUCUGCGGGUGCUUGUGGUUUUAAAGGUGCAAAAAAAAGUACCCCUUUUGCAGCUCAAACUGCCGCAGAAAAUGCUAUUCGUGUUUUAAUUGAUCAAGGUAUGAAACAAGCUGAAGUUAUGAUAAGUGGUCCUGGUCCAGGGCGAGAUACAGCAUUACGUGCUAUUCGCCGAAGUGGUGUUAUUUUAAAUUUUGUUCGUGAUGUAACUCCUAUGCCACAUAAUGGAUGUAGACCUCCGAAAAAACGACGUGUUUAA